UACCAACACAAUGGCAGUAGAAGCCAUGUUGUUAUUUUCCUUCUUUUUUCGUCAUGUACCGACUCACAUGUAUUUGAGAACGAGAAGAAAUUACGAGAAAUAUGGUGGUUAUAUGAGGAUUUUAUGUGGUGUUCUUUUGUUCUUGAAGUUAAUGUGGUGAAUUAAACAAAUGCGUUAAUUUUUCAUAAUACUAUCAGGAUUAUACCUUGGAAAUGUCUUCAAUGCAUUUUGUGGUCCAACCUUUACCAGGAACUGAGGAUCAAUUGAUAGACAGACUCAAGGAAGUAGCAGAGCGUUGGAAUCGUUAUGGGACAGGAGCAGGAUCCUCAGCACUCAGCUCCUUGAGGGGUGUGCGUGCUGUAGCUGCCGGGCCUGCUCAUAUAGCAUGCUUGCUUGAAGAUGGCACAAUAUGUCGUGCUGCAUUUUCCAUUAUUCCCGACAGAUUGGAUUUGAGUAAAGCAGAUGCCAGUAAAAACGGCGGAAAUGGGGGCGGGGGUAGUGGCGGUGGAGGGGGAACGGGAGGAGGGAAACAAGGGGGCAGCGGCGGUGGCUGCGGCUCAAGGCAACAACCACGCACCAGAGCGCGUAUCAUGAGAAACACAAUCCGUGCAGCUCCGAGCUCACAAGGAUCAACUAGCCGUGCGACUGGUGUUAUUAUAGGCGCAUCGAGCUCUGGGCGCGUGGUAUCGGUGCCGGCACCUUUUGUCCCUGAGGAUCUGGUCACGCAGGCACAAGUGGUCCUUCAGGGCAAAAGUAGAAGUCUGAUUAUCAGAGAGUUACAGCGCACAAAUCUGGAUGUAAACUUGGCGGUCAACAACUUGCUAUCUCGCGAUGACGAGGAAGGUGAAGAGCCCGAAGGCGGUGAGGGUGGAGAUGGCUACGUCCCUGAAGACCUCAUCUCUCUCCUUGACGGCGGGUUCCACGCGGCGCAACAGGACCAGUCAGUCAUCAUUGACGCUGACGCCAUGUUCUCUGAGGACAUCUUCGGGUACGCGGCUAUCAGAAGUCGUAGUGGGGCGGGCGGUGGUAGCAGUGGCGGCCGCGGUGGAGCCAGUCGUGAGAGCGGCAACUCUGCUCAGGAACGACCCUCGGAGUUCACUCGAUGGCGAGAGAGACAGUACUUCGGCCCCCGCAGGUGGCUGGAGUCUGCGCUCAGGGACACUUCUUGGGACAAGGAUGGAACGGAAAGCAAGAAGAAAGAUUCGGCCAUGGCAGCAUCGCCUCUAUGGGUGUCAGAAGAACUGGAGUACUGGGACAGCAACAUUCGGUUCACGCACAUCGCGGCCACGCACAGCGAACUCGUGGCGGUCUCCACUCAAGGCCAGUUGCAUCAGUGGCGCUGGGCUGACGCUCAUCCAUACCAACGUAAUGAGGCGGGUUCUGCCAGCGCUUUCCAUCCUCGCUCUAAUUGGCUGGGCUUGCUUCCCAACGAGCGCAUAGUGAACAUCGGCGCUGCCGGUAUUCGGAUCUCCGUGUUGACUGACGCAGGCCGUAUCGCCACCUUCCUGGACGAGUCUAUUGCUCACGCACCCGGCGCCACUCGCCUUGAACACCCGCUGCAGGUUUUCUCCGAAUUCGGGUCCGACAAGGCUGUGUCCUUGCACGUCUGCUCGCUGUACACCGUCGCGAGGCUCGAGUCUGGAGCGCUGUAUUGGUGGGGCGUACUGCCUUUAGGACAGCGCGCUCGGUUGUGGGAGAAGCACCGAGCCCGCUCUCGCAAGCAGCAGCGCGGCCACUCCUCCGCCACGCCGCAGGACCUGCAGGCCGGACAGAGCGUCACCAUGAAGAACGCGCCCAUGUACCAGCCGGGGGCUAUCGGAUUCAACAUGUCAACCGGGGUGCCGAAAGUGGGCAUACUACAAAACGCGGCCUGGAACUUAUCAGAUAUGUGCCGUUUCAAACUGUUACCGCCACCACAACCGGACCGCUCAGUGUCCGACAAAGAUAAAAGGGAUUUACAGAACCAGUCCCCUCUAACCGUGUCGUCCGUCAAGGCUUCGUCAUCGACUAGCAGCGCCAAGGAAUCCGGGAAGGACAGCAACAAAGAUAUGGCGGACCGCCUCGACAUGCCGCCGCCGCCCAGCCCCGCCUCCUCCACUUGCAGCGACACCAGCACAUCACACAAACGCGCUAAACGUGUGACCGUCCGCGGUGAAGAAGGUUCGUCAAACGACGGAUCUAAGCGGGAUGAGGAGGAAUGGCCACUAAAGGAGGUGGUAUUCUUGGAGGACGUAAAAAGCGUGCCAUUAGGGCGAGUGCUCAAAGUCGACGGCGCUUACGCAGCUGUGCGCUUCCCGACUGUAGGAAAGGAUGGCAAAGAAGUGGUACCGACAACACCCGACGAUUGGACGACGAUUCUGCAAGAUUGUCGCCUCGUACGCAAAGAUGAUUUAGUCGCAGUGAAGUGGGGUGCGGGAGGGGCCACAGGCCCCAGGGGCCCCGAUUGUCUGCAGAGAUCCCCAAGGAAGAUUGCAUUACCUCCCGAAGUUCAAGUUUUGACUAUUGCUGUGGACAGUCGCGGCGUACACGCCGUUGUGCGCAGACCGGGAGGUGCGUUGGCGUAUGCUGUUUACGCGGUUGGAACCACUCGCGCCCUCACCGAUAGUACUUUCCCCACCGACCAUAGUGCUUUGCUCGGGUAUUCCAAUGGAGCCGCCAUACAACUGGCUACAGCUGCUGAAGGCAGCGAGCCAGUGGUAGUGAUGCUGGACGGCAACGGAGCCCUGUACCCGGUGGCGCGGGACUGCGUGGGCAUGGUGCGGGAGCCCCCGCCGCUCAACCUGCCGCCCGCGCGGGCCCUCGCCGCGCACGCGGUGCCGCUGCAUCCCCACUCGGCGGCCGUCUCUCAUCACGCCGCCCUCAAAUCGCAGGUGGCGUUAAUAAUCUUGGUACCCGAACCGCAGCUUAUGAUGCCGCGUGUUCUGCGUUGCGAUCUUGAUGGAGUUCGUCAGCUUCUACACCAACUGGAAGCAGAUGUCAACAAACAACAAAUGUUGUCGAUACUACAAGAGCGUUGCGACGGCAACAGGAACAUCCUUCAUGCGUGCGUGCACAUGUGCGCACCUACAUCAAACAAGGAGCCUGAUAUAGUUGAGAAUCCGUCUAUGCCAAAUUUGGCUGGCAGCACUGGAGGAAGUGGUGCUAGUUCUGAAGAGACCGUACCGGCUUUGUCGUGGCCACCGGAGACAUUUGAAGCCUCCGGUGACGAGGAUAGCCUGAUGGGACUUACAAAUAAUGGUAAAAUGUCUGGCGGCGGUAACAGUGGUAGUGGCGCUGUUAGCGCGGAUCCCGCCGAGAGACGCGGUAAUGCAUUAUCUGCGCUCAGAGCUUUGUGUGAGAGCCCUGCGUUGCAGCCCUAUCUGAUGCAAUUGCUCACUGCCAAGGACGGUAUGGGCCAAACGCCGCUUAUGCAAGCCGUAUCAGAGCGUGCUUAUCGCGCCGCACUAGUUAUCUUGGACGCAAUCCGCGCUUGUCCCGACGCGGACGAAGCUCAACGCUCGGCCGCCAUCUUCCCGCCUAACGCGCAUCCCGACCAUUCCCCACUGCUAGUUCUAUGCUGUAAUGAUACUUGCAGCUUCACAUGGACCGGACAAGAGCAUAUCAAUCAGGAUAUAUUCGAGUGUAAGACGUGUGGUCUGACUGGAUCUCUAUGUUGCUGUACUGAAUGCGCCAAAGUGUGCCAUAAAGGCCAUGACUGUAAGCAAAAGCAAACUUCACCUACCGCGUAUUGUGAUUGCUGGGAGAAGUGCCGCUGUAAGGCUUUGGUCGGCGGCAACUGGGCGGCUCGCUGCGACUUACUGGCCAGGUUGGCCAGGGACACGCAACUUGCCACGCAUUUCAAUUCAAGAGGCGAGUCGAUCCUGCUGUUCCUAGUUCAAACAGUGGGCCGCCAAGCGGUGGAACAGCGUCAGUUCCGCGCGGGCGGCGGGCGCGGGCGCGGGCCCCGCAAGCAGCCCGGCUCCGACGCCGAGGUCGACGCGCCCGACCACGACUUGGAGCCGCCGCGGUUCGCAAGGCGCGCAUUGUUGCAUCUGCUUGGCGAUUGGCCAGCCGUGGAGGCUGCCGUGAUGUGCGGCGCCACGGCCGGAAGCGAAGGUGAAUCCCGCCCCGCCAGCCCCGCGACGCACCAAUCAGGCACCACGUUGCUUGACAAAUUCACUCAUGCACUUAUCGUCAAGUGCACGAAUGAGACUUUGGAUACACUCCUGAAUACAUUAAUUCGAGAGCAACAGAACGAUACUGUCUCCGGACGUCCCGAGCGCGCCAGAGAAGUGGCGCGUCGAUUCGUGCGAUCCAUUGUUCGGAUAUUCGUCAUUUUCAGCGUCGAGAUGGCGCCUGGCGCUGCCAAGAAGAAAGGACCACUAACAAUAACAUCGUCUCUGGUCCGCUGCCGCCGAGUGUUCGCGGCCCUCGUGGCGUUGGCUGUAGAAGAGUUGGUAGAAGCAGCAGAUGCCUUGCUCGCCCCCGUACGACUGGGCGUGGUCCGUCCUACAGCGCCUUUCCCAUUGGCCAAUACUUAUGUGGAACUUGUCAAUGGAAGCGAGGACUUGUUCGGAGUAGAACCACUAUCGACUGGACAUUCACGAAUUACUACACAUACGCGCAGAGAAUCGAACACUGCCGGCAGUCGCAGUAACGCAGGCGGUGGAACAUCUAUGGGCAGUUCGACACUGGUGCCGGACCGGUCAUCGACCCCAGUAGCUACGGAGUAUGCCGAUGACGUAGCCGGCGAGGCUUUGGGCGGGGAUGACGACGCUUCGGAGACUGACGAACCAAACGUACCGGCCCCAGUUCCGGCAGCUGACGCGCAGCAUGAUGAUCCUAUGGGCGAAAGAGCUCAAGAGCAACAUGUAGUAGUAGAAAAUGGGACAGAGCGCGCUGAAGGUGGCGAGAGUGAAAGUGAACUGGAUUUACUGGCCGAAGUGGAAACUGAGAGCGACUCAGACGAUCAAGACAAUGCGGAGUCGGCACAGAGAAGUGUGCAGACUGGAGCCACACAAGGCUCAGAUGCUGGUAUAGCAUCUCUAUUGCUCUACCCUGAAGACGAAAGUGGUGACUCCACGCAGCCCGAGGACGAAGACUCAGAGGCCGGAGAGACUGACGAACAGGACGGCGAGACAGAGCCUCAGCUGCACGACGGGGAGCCAUUAGAGCGUCGCACUGCGCCACCUUCUAGACCCAACCUGGCACCACACUCUAUGCAAUGGGCUAUACGAAACCGAGAACCGAACCGCGGCACGAGCAGCAGCACGGGCGGUGUCCGUUUGUCUGGCGGUUCGUCACUGGUGUUCAUUGACCCCGCCUCGCUGCGACGGUCCGCCGCCGCUGCCGCCGCCGGAGCACAAGACCCGCACUCUACCUCUACUACGGCUUCGUGCCUCGCUAGAGCUUUUGGCAUCGUAAUUCGUCAAAUAGCCGACCUUCUAUGGGAAUACGAACGCCUAACCCUGCCUCUGCCUCGCGUGGUACCGCUCGUAUACCGCGAGGCGUUGAGACUACAAUGCUACCUCGAGAGGCAGCUGAAACCCACUUGGGACUGGCUAGUCACUGUUAUGGACGCCACUGAAGCUCAGUUGAGAUUCGGCGCGUCGCUGACGUCAAACAACGCAUCCAGCUCAAGCACUGGCGAGAGCAGUCGUAGUAGUGCGCCCGCCGCAAGAAGAACCACUUCAUUGACUUCGCCAGCCACUCGCAUCAUUGGCUUCGGUGGACCUGAAGUGCCAAGAUCCAGGGACCGAGAACAAGGAGUUGAAGCUGGUAGUGCGCGACGCGAAUUCUUAGCAUACUGCCUAUCACUACUCCGGGCCCACAGCGCUGAACACGCAGAACAACUGCCCGUAUUGGACGUGGCUGCUCUAAAGCACGUAGCGUACGUGUUAGACGCGUUCGUGUACUACAUGCGAGCCGCUCAGCCUCAACCGCACCAUCACCAUCACAUUUGGACCUCGGAUGAGAACGAGAAUGAAGAAGGCGAAGAAGAAAUGGUAGUAGGCGGCAGCGCGGCCGCGGAGUCCGAUAACGAGAGCGACGGGGCGCGUGGACGUACUCACGCGUUCUUUCAGCGAUCCGAGUCUACUCUCUGCUUGGGAUGCCCACCGCCGGAUCCUUUCAAUAUGACAAUGCAAGACGCCCUGCCUCUGGCCGACCAGCCACAGUUGCUGCAGCCUAACGCUCGCCGCGAGGAGUUGUUCGGGAUGCCUCGACAGCCGGUCACCGUGCCCGCUUCGGGUGAUGCCCCGCCGGGGGUCAAUAACCCACUAGAAGUGGUGCCCCGUCGUCUCGGCCUAUCAUCGCGCGGCCCCGGCUCAGGCUCGGGCGGCGGCGGCGACCGCGCGUGGUCUCCCCCCGCACGCCCCGCCUCCGCUCCCCCCGCCCCGCCUGCACACGACCACGUGAUGGCGCGCGACGAGCCACAGGACUUGUCAUGCACAAAGGAUGUAGGAACUAAAAUGGAUGUUGACACCGAUGGAGAAUAUCUAUCAGACUCAGAUUCGAAUGAAGCUAGAACUGUACCUAGGAAGAAACAUCACAGACAUCCCCAUUCGGUGAUGACGUCAUCGGGCAGCAGUUCCAUGCAGGAGUCGACAUCGCAACCUUCGGAGUUCCACACGCUGGUCGACACUGCUUGCUCCAUAAUUGAGGCACCACAUCAACAAAUUGCCGCAUCGCCUUCUCCAGGUCCCAGUAGUUCAUCCGCGGAGCCGCGCGCGUCGUCGUCGCGCAGCCCGGGCAAGACUGUCAUUGUACGUGCUGGUGAGUUGUUGAGCGCGGCCGACCCGUUGGAAUCGCAGGAGAUAUCUGCGCACGUGACGGUUGAAACUACAGGAUUGCCGCCGCCGCCACUUCUGCCCUCACUCAAUACUCCAUCGCAACCGAGGACAUGUCCAUCGCUCGGCGCCUCUGUUUCACAUGAUUUACUACUUGGCCGAUGGCGUCUAUCUUUAGAUCUAUUUGGGCGAGUAUUCACUGAAGAUGUGGGCUUAGAGCCUGGCUCGGUGGUGGAUGAACUUGGAGGGUUCCCAGUCAAGGAAGUCAAAUUCCGCAGAGACAUGGAAAAACUACGCAACUCGCAACAGAGAGAUUUGACAUUACACAAGAUGGAACGCGACCGCGCCAAAUUGCUACAACAAACUUUUGCUGAACUGAACUCGGCGUUCGCCGGACAGAACCGACGCGCUCACAGUGCGCAGCCGCCGCUCGCCGUCAACCGGGUCAAGGUGACCUUCCGGGAUGAGCCCGGGGAGGGCAGCGGCGUCGCCAGGUCCUUCUACACGAGUGUCGCUGAGGCUUUACUGGCGAACGAGAAGCUGCCACCGCUUGAGCCGGCGGCGGGCAGCGGCAGCAACAGCGCCAGCGCCAAUGGCAGUGCCGGCGCCGCCAGCUCCGGCAGCGGCGCGCCCGGCACCGGCAGCAGCGGUGCGAGAAGCGGUGCGGGACGUGCUCGGUCAAAAGAGGCGGCUCGCCGAGCCCCGGGCAGGCCCGCGCCGCGCCCGCCCGCCGCCAGGGAGCCGCGCAGGGUGCUCAGUGUGGAUGCCCGGCCGUACUCGCCACAGGCUGCUCCAGGCACAGAAGGUGCUGGAUACAGCGGAGAUCGGCCUGGAGGUCACAACGAACAUUUGACACUUCAUCAGGCUCAGUUAGGCGAAAGGUUAUAUCCAAAGGUACAUUCGCUCCAUCCAACGUUUGCCGGCAAGAUUACUGGCAUGCUACUAGAAUUGACGCCAGCGCAAUUACUAGUUUUACUUGCAAGUGAAGAUGCCUUGCGGCAGAAAGUGCGCGAGGCGAUGGAUCUCAUUGUUAUGCAUCCUUCAGAGGCCAUACUCGGAGUGACCGAUGCAUCUUAUUCGACAGAUCUAGACGUGUUCUCGUUAUCGGAGCGCGGGAGUAGCGCGGGCGCGGCGGCCGGGCCGGGCGGCGCGGCGGGCCCGUCUGCGGCGCCGCCCGCCGCUGACGACGCCGCCCCACUCUUCUACUCGCCCGGGAAGAGGGGAUACUACUCGCCUAGGCAAGGGCGUGCUACGCCGGAGAGGAUUAAUGCUUUUAGGAAUGUCGGCAGGAUAAUCGGUCUAUGCUUACUGCAAAACGAGUUAUGCCCUAUGUUCCUCAAUCGGCACGUGCUCAAAUACGUACUAGGUCGGCCAGUACGGUUCCACGACCUGGCAUUCUUCGACCCCGUCGUGUACGAGAGUCUAAGGCAACUCGUCGCCGACGCCGAGAGAGGAGACUCGCAGACGCUGUUCGCGGCACUUGACCUCAACUUUAGUCUAAAUAUGUGCGAAGAAGAAGGCGGCGGCUGCGUGGAGUUGGUCCCCGGAGGACGCGAGUUGGAAGUGACUGCGCUCAACGUGUAUGACUACGUGCGGAAAUACGCGCAACACCGUAUGUUACUGUCACAGGAGAAGGCUCUAGAGGCAAUGCGUGUUGGAGUUCUCGACGUACUUCCAGAAUCUGCUCUAGAAGGCCUGACGGCGGAAGAUUUGCGAUUGCUGCUCAACGGCGUCGGUGACAUCAACGUGGCCGCGCUGGUCUCGUACACCAGCUUCAACGACGAGAGCGGCGAGCCUCCGGAGCGCCUCGCACGGUUUAAGCGGUGGCUCUGGGCGAUCGUGGAUAAGAUGACGCAUCUCGAACGGCAAGAUUUAGUAUAUUUCUGGACUGGUUCACCUGCAUUGCCCGCGUCGGAGGAGGGUUUCCAGCCGAUGCCGUCCGUGACGAUCCGGCCCGCGGACGACGCGCACCUGCCCACCGCCAACACCUGCAUCUCGCGCCUCUACAUCCCGCUCUACUCCUCCCGACACGUGCUCAAACACAAACUACUACUCGCCAUCAAAACUAAAAACUUCGGCUUUGUUUAAAUUGCUGCCAAUAUUAUAUCUCGUUUAGUUUUAAACCCAUUCAUGUAAGACUGCUCUUAUAUUCUUGUUAAUUUUGUAAGGUCGUCUUGUUUUGCGUAAUACGAAAAGCUUCUUGCUGUAGCGAAUUGACACGUUGUACUGACAGAGGACAGUGGUUUACACAUCCGAACCGUAUGUUAUAUAUUUUGGAAAAUCUUUAAUUGCUAUAGCUGUUGAUUGCGAUUGAUUUAUCUGCAUCUUGAUGACUUUUACAUCGACAAAAAUAGACUUAAUUGCAAUUAUGAAUAGUGUCUAGAUUUGACUGAAUGGGUAUUUUUGACUGAAUAGUAUCAAUAUACAUACAGUAAUUUGUUUCUUGAUUGAAAAAGCAAACUAAACAAUGGUCUGCACAAGUAUAUAUAUGAUUACACAUAGACUCAUAGACCAUAAGUAUUUAAAAGUUGUUCAAAAAGUAACUAUAGAACAUGUUGCUCGUUCAACAAUAGAUUACAAGUGAUUAAAAUUAAAUCUUUGUUGGCACCUUCAACUGGCCUAAUUUAACAGUGCAUUUUAAUUGCUUUCCCUAUUUAUUACAUUCUGCUCUAAGAAAGGCAGCACUAUUCAAAAUAUUCAAGAAUAUUUGAUUUGUUUAUAUAGCUUUGUUAUAUAGUAAAAAUUAUAUAAGAAUAGAGUAUGAUGGGAAUAUACUGCUGACAAAUGGGGCAAGCUUGGGCGGAUAGGCGGAUCCGAACAAUGGUGGUAUUUGUGAUAUCAGAGGAAGUAUUUAUAUGCCUCAAUCUCUAAAAUUAAGAUUAUAAUUAGAUUUUCCUUUGAUCAGUUGUAUUAAUAUGGUUCAUAAUAAACAAUCUCAAAAUGCUUA